CAAUCAGACGCGUCACGCGUUGGUUGCCUAAAAAAUACUUUCAAAACACUACGGCAAACUUUUAUCAACCUUAACCUCUUUUUAUAAAAUAAAAUUGGAACUCAAAUAAUAUAUAAAGCUGGUGACAUUGUUUUUUUUUAUAGUGCAAGUGCUCGGUUUAAUUACAAAAGGAAGUUGUAUUUUAAUCUUUUUUUUGAUGUAAAAUGCCCGCAAACUGAUUGACAAGACAAAGAAAAUGGCGGCACCAGCCGUAGUUGUGGAGCGGGCUUACAAGUAUUAUGGCAAACAGGACAAGCCCAGCUUCAAACCAGUCCUGCAGUACUUGGACAUGACCGUGGAAAAAGGAAUUAUAUAUGGCCUGCUUGGACCCUCUGGAUGUGGAAAAACAACACUUCUCUCAUGCAUAGUCGGCAGACGAAAACUCGACAGUGGUGAAGUUUGGGUGCUGGGAGGAAGACCAGGGGAGAAAGGCAGCGGAGUUCCCGGGCCUCGAGUGGGAUAUAUGCCUCAGGAUAUCGCUCUUGUUGCGGAAUUUUCAGUACGGGAUGCUGUAUACUACUUCGGUAGGAUCUAUGGGAUGAAGCCAAAGAAACUCCAAGAACAGUUUGAAUUUCUGACUAGAUUGCUAGAGCUCCCAAAAGGCGGUAGACUCAUCAAAUCACUUUCCGGAGGGCAGCAACGGCGGGUCUCGCUGGCCGCUGCACUGGUCCACGAGCCUGAACUUCUCAUUCUGGAUGAGCCCACAGUUGGACUGGAUCCGGUCUUAAGAGAACGGAUCUGGGAAUUUCUGGCUGAGCUGGCGAGAGGUGGUACAACAGUCAUCAUCACCACUCACUACAUUGAUGAAACGAAACAAGCGCACAAGAUUGGUCUUCUCAGAGACGGUCAGCUAUUAGACGAAGAUUCUCCCGAGGAGAUCCUCCGAAGAUACAAUUGCAAUAACCUUGAAGAUGCCUUCCUUAAGAUGGCGAUGCGACAAACUGAAAUGAAACACCGAAGACGACCUACUCUCACAGCUUCUCCAGAUGUUAUACCUGAGAGCAGCAUAGUUAAUGACAGUCGAUACCAAUCAAGAGAAGAGUUUAAUGUAGUAACUAGUAGCACCGACGCUCUAACUAAAAAACAGAAGCCACAGCACAUUCCGAGCAAUUCAAAAGGCAGAUACAAAGCAGUGUUUAUUAAAAGUAUACAACAGUUUUCCAGGCAUCCUGGGGGACUAAUAUUCUCGGUGCUAUUCCCCAUCAUCCAAGUAGUCGCAUUCUUCCUCGCCGUGGGUCAUGACCCUCGUGAUCUACACGUUGCUGUCGUCAAUUACGAAGCUGCUACGUCACCAUUGGGUAUAGAUGUGUGUAAGAAUGGAAGUCUAACAACUGUGAUACAGAGGGAGGACGAGACAUGCGAACAAUAUAUGCUGAGCUGCUGGUUUCUGGAGGAAAUGGAAAAACGAAAAUUGUAUCCUACGACAUAUAACUCGACCGAAGAAGCAAAACAAGCUGUAGCAACUCGCAAGCUAUAUGGAGCGAUCCGUUUCCCUUCCAACUUCAGCUUAGCGCUUGGGAUACGAGCUGCUGAAGGUUUCGUGGGAGACAGCAUCCUCAACGACAGUACUAUCAGCGUUUGGCUGGAUAUGACCGACCAUCAAAUAUCACACUUUAUAAAGAUGCAACUUCACAAAGCUUACGAACACUUCGCUCGUCGUACCAUGGCUGCUUGCGGAAAGAAUGAAGACCUCGUGCAGAUUCCGGUGAGAUUUGAAGAACCCAUUUACGGAUCGAUGAAUACUGAGGUCGUUGCUUACAUGGCUCCGGGGGUAAUGGUCACUAUAAUCUUCUUUCUGGCUGCGAUAAUUACGUCGACUCUUAUGAUCUCCGACCGUCUUGAGGGUGUGUGGGAGCGAAGCGCGGUUGCCGGAGUCCGACCCAAGGAGAUGUUGCAUGUUCAUAUUACUUUACAGAGCAUGGUCAUUCUUGUACAGACAUUCGAGAUGAUGAUUGUAGCGUUUAUGGGCUACAAGUUGCCAUUUAACGGCUCCUUAUGGACGUGUGGCGCGCUGCUUUUCCUCCAGGGCCUCGGAGGAAUGUGCUAUGGCUUCCUUUUGUCUGUAUUAUGUUCCAGCUUUACUGUCUCUUUCUUUAUAGCAACCGGCAGCUUCUAUCCAAUGAUAUUGCUCUGUGGUAUUCUCUGGCCUCUGGAGGGUAUGCCAGAAGCACUACGACUCUUCUCUUUGGCGCUGCCCUUCACUCUACCUUCAAUAUCGUUACGAGAUAUGAUGGAGAAAGGUUCAUCCAUCACCAGCCCAAGCGUUUACACCGGAUUUUUGAUAACUUUAGGGUGGAUUUUCGGUACUCUAGCGUUAUGUUUCCUGAGACUAAGGUUUCGAAAGACUUAAUAUGUAAUAUUUUAGUUGUGAUUUUUUAAUGUUUAUAUAUUACAUAAGAUCAAACGUUUGUGUGCCUUACGUUCUUUCGACUUAAGGCUAACAAUUUGAACUUUCUUUUCUGUGAACUUUUGUGAUUACAUAAACUCAAACUCAGCAACUCAAACAUUGAAAGUGUAAUAUUUAUUUACUUUGACAUUUUCAACAAUAGAUUAUGGCACAAACUUGUCCGGUGAUAUUUAGGUAUAACUAUGAGCUCGAGGCUCACGGGUAGCUGUAAAUAGCUUGAUUAGCGUAAUCUGAUAGAAAAAAAAAUAUGCUUAAGAUAAAUUAUAAUGUAUUGGCUGUCGUGAGAUCAAAGUUUGAUUUUCCAUUUAGUUUUAAUUGUUUAUACAUGUUUUGUAAAAUAAAGGUGCAGUUUAUAAAUA